AUGGGGCCCCUGGGCAAUAGGGGAUCAUGGGGCCCCUGUGUCCUUGCCCAAACUCAAAAAAGCCUAUGAAAAAAGUACCAGGGGCAUCUCCAUGGGGCCCCCUACUGACCCCGGGCCCUCGAGCAAAGAGUUGAAGCUGUUAUAGCUGCAAAGGGUGGGGCCAGGAGUUGACUAUGAACCAGGGGCGGACUGACAACUCAUGGGGCUCCCAGGCAAUAGGGGAUCAUGGGGCCCCUGUGUCCUCGCCCACACUCAAACCACAAACAAAAAAGCCUACGAAAGGUACCAGGGGCAUCUCAUGGUGCCCCUUACUGACCCCGGGCCCUCAGGUAUUGCCCGAGUUUCCAAAUGGUCAGUCCACCCCU